AUGCAGAUGGGUCUCACCGAGAAUCAACUCUCCUUGGACCUUCUGGAAUCAUGGCUGAAGAACAAUCCUGAUUCAGCCGAAUUCAAAAACGAUAAUCAUUCACUCUUCAAGGAGCUUGCCCUCUUCCAAGAUUAUCAUGGCCUUCCUGCUUUCAAAAACUCAUUAGCGGACUUCAUGUCAGAGAUCAGAGCAAAUAAAGUAACAUUUGAUCCAAACAACCUUGUACUCACCGCCGGAGCAACCUCCCCCAAUGAAACUUUAAUGUUUUGCCUAGCUAAUCUCGGCGGGGCUUUCCUCCUUCCCACCCCAUAUUAUCCAGGGUUUGAUAGAGAUCUCAAGUGGAGAACUGGAGCUGAGAUAGUACCUAUCCACUGCUCGAGCUCAAAUGGUUUCAGAAUCACCGAAUCGGCCCUCAUAGAGGCAUACGAACAAGCACAAAAGCAGAACCUGAAAGUGAAGGGUGUUUUAGUCACAAACCCAUCAAACCCAUUAGGGACAUCAUUGAGCUUGCAUGAAGUCAACCUUCUCGUUGACGUUGUCUCCUCCAAGAACAUCCAUCUCAUUAGCGACGAAAUUUACUUCGGCACUGUUUUCUGCUCUCCUGGAUUCGUUAGCAUCAUGGAGGUCCUAAAGAACAGGGACCUUAUGAAAACCGAUGUGUGGAGUGGGGUUUGCAAGAUCAUGGAGGUUCUAAAGCAGAACCUGCUACGAUGCAGAGUGAUGCAUUGGCUAAGAUUAGAAACCAGAGGUUGA